AUGGCGACGACAAGCUCUAUGUUUAUGUAUAGCUUGACUAUACAACCGCCUUCAGCCAUCACUCAAGCAGUCUUGGGUCAGUUUGCCGGUACAAAAGAGCAGCAGAUCAUCACAGCAUCGGGCUCCAAGCUCACCAUCCACAGACCCGAUCCUACGCAGGGAAAAAUCUCCCCUCUCUUCACCCAGGAUUGCUUCGGCAUCAUCAGGUCUCUGGCCGCCUUCCGACUGGCGGGGAGCAGUAAAGAUUAUCUGAUUGUCGGCUCGGACUCGGGGCGCAUCACCAUCCUCGAAUAUCUCCGCGACCAGAAUCGUUUCAAUCGCGUCCAUCUCGAGACCUACGGAAAAUCGGGCAUCCGAAGAGUCAUUCCCGGUCAAUAUCUCGCUGUCGAUCCGAAAGGACGAGCGUGUCUGAUUGCGUCCGUCGAAAAGAACAAGCUUGUCUACGUCUUGAAUCGAAAUGCGCAGGCCGAGCUGACCAUCUCUUCGCCGCUCGAAGCCCAUAAACCUCAGACUCUCGUCUUUGAAUGCAUAGCCCUUGAUGUCGGUUACGAAAACCCCAUAUUCGCGGCACUCGAAGUCGAUUACACCGAGGUGGACCAGGAUCCCAGUGGGCAGGCCCUGGAAGAGGUGGAAAAGCUUCUAGUCUAUUACGAGCUUGACCUUGGCCUUAACCAUGUUGUCCGUAAGUGGGCUGAGCCUGUGGCAAGGAGUGCCAUCAAGCUGUUCCAGGUGCCUGGUGGAUCCGAUGGGCCGAGUGGCGUUCUCGUCUGUGGUGAAGACAAUAUCACGUACCGACACUCAAAUCAGGAGGCUUUUCGUGUGCCAAUUCCCCGGAGAAGAGGUGUGCUCGAGAAUCCCGAACGCAAGCGCCACAUCGUGGCGGGAGUUAUGCACAAAAUGAAAGGCCAGUUCUUCUUGCUUCUCCAAACCGAGGACGGUGACCUCUUCAAAGUCACCAUAGAAAUGGUCGAGGACGAGAAUGGUCAGCCGACUGGUGAGGUCAAGGCACUUAAACUGAAAUACUUCGACACAGUGCCUGUGGCGAACAAUCUGCUCAUAUUAAAGAGUGGGUUUUUAUUUGUGGCCUGCGAAAGUGGCAACCACCAUUUCUACCAAUUUGAAAAGCUCGGAGAUGACGACGACGAGACAGAAUUCACGAGUGACGAUUUCCCUUCAGAUCCAACAGCACCUUACACCCCAGCUUUUUUCCAUGUGCGACCUCUCGCAAAUCUCAACCUUGUGCAAAGCAUAGAUGCUGCAAACCCCUUACUGGACUGCAAAGUUGCCAACCUUCUUGAUGAAGAUGCGCCACAGAUCUACUCGAUAUGCGGAUCGGGUGCUCGAAGCAGUUUCAAGACUCUCAAGCACGGUCUGUCUGUUUCGGAGAUUGUGGAAUCUGAGCUCCCUGACAAGCCUGAGGCUGUGUGGACGACCAAAUUGACAAGGGAAGACGAGUACGACGCUUAUAUCGUGCUAUCUUUCCGCACCGGAACCCUAGUGCUUAGCAUUGGGGAAACCGUGGAAGAAGUCACAGACACGGGUUUUCUUUCAACAGCUCCGACCCUUGCCGUGCAACAGCUGGGCGAGGAUGCUUUGAUUCAAGUACACCCCAAGGGUAUCCGACACAUUCGAGCCGACAAGCGGGUGAACGAGUGGCCGGCACCUCAGCAUCGAUCCAUUGUCGCUGCCUCCACAAACGAGCGACAAGUCGCCGUAGCUCUGAGUUCAGGCGAAAUUGUCUAUUUUGAAAUGGACUCUGAUGGAUCCUUGGCAGAAUAUGAUGAGCGAAGAGAAAUGACCGGAACCGUGACUUGUCUAUCACUUGGAGAGGUGCCCGAGGGCCGGGUUCGAAGCUCAUUCCUUGCUGUUGGAUGCGACGAUUCCACAGUCAGGAUAUUAAGUCUCGACCCCGAUUCAACGCUCGAAAACAAAUCAGUGCAAGCGUUGACUUCGGCACCUUCAGCUCUGUCAAUCAUGGCCAUGGCUGACUCCACAUCAGGCGGGAGCACGCUCUAUCUCCAUAUUGGUCUCUACUCUGGUGUCUACCUACGAACCGUCCUGGAUGAAAUUACUGGCGAGCUCUCCGACACGCGGACGCGCUUUUUGGGUCUGAAGCCGGCAAAGCUUUUCCGCGUCUCAGUCAAGGGGCAGAAUGCCGUCAUGGCACUAAGUUCACGACCAUGGCUUGGAUAUACGGACAGGCAAACAAACGGCUUCAUGCUGACACCACUCGACUACGUUGGCUUACAGUACGUCUGGAACUUUACAAGCGAACAAUGUCCCGAGGGAAUGGUGGGCAUUCAAGGACAAAACCUAAGGAUAUUUACGAUCGAAGAUCUGUCCCGAAACCUGCUACAAGAGAAUAUUCCACUCUCGUACACCCCCAGGAAAUUCGUCAAACAUCCUGAGCAAGCUUUGUUCUACGUUAUUGAAGCAGACAACAACGUUCUUGCGCCCGCCACCAGAACAAAAUUGCUCACAGAAUCCACGGCUGUUAAUGGAGAUGCGGUCCAACUUCCUCCCGAAGAGUUUGGAUAUCCUCGUGGGACCGGCCACUGGGCGUCAUGUAUCCAGAUCGUCGACCCAGUCACGACCAAAUCCGUCGUCUUCACUCUUGAGCUGGAGGAUAAUGAAUGUGCCACCAGCAUCACAGCAGCGCCAUUCGCAGGACAAGAUGACGAAACCUUCCUAAUUGUCGGGACGGCAAAGGAUCUGGUGAUCAGUCCUCGUUCAUUCUCGGCCGGUUUCUUACAUGUUUAUCGCUUCCACGAAGACGGUAAAGAACUCGAAUUCAUCCACAAAACAAAAGUGGAGCAACCUCCAACCGCCUUGCUUGCUUUCCAGGGCCGGCUCCUGGCAGGCAUUGGACCAGAUCUACGCAUCUAUGACCUCGGAAUGAAACAAAUGUUGCGCAAGUGCCAAGUUCAAGCAGUCCCGAACAUCGUCGUUGGCUUACAGACCCAGGGAAGCAGAAUUAUCGUCAGCGAUAUCCAGGAGAGUGUAACAUACUGUGUAUACAAGUACCAAGAAAACAAGCUUAUUCCAUUUGUCGACGACGUCAUUGCUCGCUGGACAACGUGUUGCGCCAUGGUCGAUUAUGAAACCGUGGCAGGCGGCGACAAGUUCGGGAAUCUCUGGUUGUUGCGUUGCCCAACCAAGGCUUCUGAAGAGGCCGACGAAGAUGGCUCAGGAGCACAUUUAAUUCAUGAACGAGCCUAUCUCAGCGGUGCACCCAAUCGACUGAGUCUCAUGGUGCACUAUUUCCCCGGCGACAUUCCCACCAGCAUUCAGAAGACGAGUCUCGUGGCCGGUGGUCGAGAUGUGGUGUUCUGGACGGGGUUUCAGGGCACGCUGGGCAUGCUGGUGCCGUUCGUAAGCCGCGAAGAUGUUGAUUUCUUCCAGUCUCUGGAGAUGCAACUCUCGUCGAACAAUGGCAACCCCCCAAUUUUGGGUCGAGAUCAUCUCAUCUACCGGUCAUACUACGCGCCCUCCAAAGGGAUCAUUGAUGGCGAUUUGUGCGAGACUUUCUUCUUGCUCUCGAAUGAUAAGAAACAGAUGAUUUCGGGAGAGCUGGACCGAAGUGUAAGGGAGAUCGAGAGGAAGAUUUCGGAUAUGAGGACACGAGUGGCAUAUUGA